UCCGACUAAGUACAAAAAAUUCCAUGGUAAUCACACUUCAAAGAGCGUUCGCCCGGAACUCAUCGAAUUAAGGCUAUAUGAGAAAAUUUGGAAUCGAAAAGGAAAACACAAACAAAUAGGCCUAAUUGAAAGAAUUGUACUAAAGAAUUUUUCCUGUUCGUUUCCUGGUUUGAGAUUGCAAACCCAAAAUUGAUUCGUAAUUCCAUAAUUGAUAUGUUCCAUCGACGACACUACGAACAGUUUCAGCCAUCAUCUCCGGAAGCAACUAGGUCGACAACGGCGGCGGCUUUCCUCCGAUUCGGCAGCGGCGACUUCACCGGUCAUUUUCUCAGGUGACAGCGACCAGCAGAUCUGGAAAGCAGAGGCGGCGGUCAGCGACUUUGCUCCGAAUAACAGUGGUGUACUCCGAAACGACGACUGCUCCUCCUCCGGCGAAUCACUCGGCGAUGGUAACCAACAGCUCCUCUGCCGAUCCUGCACCAGUGAAAACGGAUCUCUUCUCCGGCCACGAAUAGACCCCAAUAUGUUAAAAGUUCUAAAGCAUAAAGUCGCAUUUCUAAAGUUGUAUUCUUCUUUUUCUUAUAACAACUUUUUCUUUAGUCUGUAACUAAGCCUAUAUAAGGCAGUUUCUUUCCUCAAUAAAAACAGAUUUUUUACUUAUGCUGUUAUGCUUCUUAUUUCGAUUUCAUCGUGGUAUCAGAGCAAUAAUCCCUAAUCCCUUUCAAAAAUUUCUCCUCACUCGCACUAGGUUUGGCAUUCCAAUCGUGUUAAGAUGGCCAACAAUGAUGAAAUUAGAGCAGCGGUCGCUCCAGUGUUUGGAAAUUUCGGAGCGUCUGGUUCUGUUUAUUGUUCGAGAUGACUUUCUUCUCCAUGGUUCAGAUCAUCUUGGUAUGAUGCUUGUUACUACACCGUUUGAUGGUUCAAACUUCCUUGAUAGGCGAACUGCUAUUGAAGACGCCUUAAUUGCAAAGUCUAAAAUCGGUUUUAUUGAUGGUACAAUACCGAUUCCUGAAGAAACUCACUGGAAUUGGAAUUUACACAGUAGAGAAGAGCUGAAGGACCUAACUAAUCAUGCAACUCUAUUGGCUAGGAAGCUGACUAAGCACCUAUAUGAGUAUGUGUCUAGUUCUACUGAUGAUAAAGUUUCUUUGGAAUUUGCUGCUAGCAUUGUAACUACUGUGAGUACUAAUAAUAAUCUAUGGCAUAAAAGACUUGGUCACCCUUCACUUGGAGCAAUGAAACAUAUUCCUGUUUGUACCUCACUUGCCAAUUUACAUAAACAUUGUGAUAUUUGUUUUCGCUCUAAGUUUCACAGAUUGAGUUUUGAGAAAAACGACUCAUGCUCCUUUAAGCCUUUUGAACUAUUGCAUGUUGAUGUUUGGGGACCGUAUGGCACCAUUAGUAUAUUAGGGCUCGAUAUUUUCUAACUUUGGUUGAUGAUGAUUACUCUAGAUGCACUUGGAUCUAUCUUAUGCAAUGUAAAAGUGAAAUAGUAGGCCUUUUGAAAAUGUUUGCAGCUCUUGUCCAGAAUCAAUAUAAUUGCAGAAUAAAUGUUCUUAGAAUGGUUCAAAAUUUUUGAAUUCUGCUUGCAAGUCUCUAUUUCAUGGGCACUGAUGAUGCAUUGUGCGAGCCUCACGAGGAAAAUAUAGAUCAGGAACUUUCUUCCAAUUCAUCUCCUCUAGUUCUGCGGAGGUCACUGAGAGUAACAAAACCUCCUAGAAAAUUUGCGGACUAUGACUGCUCCUAUGUCGUUUCUUAUGUUCCAGCCUCUAAUCUAAAUGACAAGUCUUCAUCUUAUAAUCAAGCUAAACUUCAUGCUCAUUGGGUUUAAGCCAUGGUUAAAAAGUUAGAUGCCUUAGAAAAAAAUCACGCCUAGAUAGUUAUCACACUUCCAUAUAAACUGCUAUUGGUUGUAAAUGGGUAUUUCGAACAAAGUUUAAUUUUGAUGAGACUGUCAAUCGCUUUAAAGCGCACUUGGUUGCCAAGGGAUAUCAUCAGGUUUAUGGCGUUGAUUAUAGUGAA